UGGAGUUGGAGAUGCUUUUCGCGAAGAGAAUCACCAAUGCCAAGAACGUCCAAUGCUUUCCAGGCAUUGUCAAAUGUUCUCAAGACCAUAUAUGCUUUCACAUCCGAAUUCAGAAGUGUGUUUGAGGGUCAUCACCUGUGGAGUCCAGGGCUGUGGCAAGGCCAGCAAUUCCUACUCCCACGAUCACAAUGUCUUCCACAGUUUCCAUUGUAUUGGGAUUGGAUGUUGCCUGCAAACUUGAUGCUAUAGGACCAGAUCCAGUACCUGCAGGAUCAGAAACAAGUAGGAAAAGGGCAAUGGCUGCUUGAUGUCAAUGAGUAACUGAGGAUAAUAUAUCAGGUUAUACUGCUUUUCAAAUGCCAAAAUGCAUUUGGUUGAAGUUUCUGACUUGCUUUCAACGCAUACACAAACCAAAGAAGAAUGCCAAACAGCAUAUUAAUAAUGUCCAAGGGCUUUGGUUUAAAAUGUUUUACAAAGCAAAAACAUAGUUUGAAUUCAAAAGGGUUCAUCUUUGGGGCUGAGAAUCACCACCACCAUCACCACCACCACACUAUUCAAUCGAGAUCUUACAGAAACUAGCUUCUAUCAUCUUACCCAGCAGAGUGGCUUCUGCAUUCAAAAUCGUAGAAACUGCUAAAUCAAAGGUCUUCACCCUA